CUUCGUUGGUUUCUAAAUCUCUGCGUUUCUGCCUCUCAGCUCGCAAAGGAUCUUCUCCAUCCCUCUCCUGAACAGGAGAAGAGGAAACACAAGAAGAAGCGCCUGGUGCAGAGCCCCAACUCCUACAUCAUGGAUGUGAAAUACCCAGGAUGCUAUAAAAUCACCAUGGUCUUUAGCCAUGCACAGACAGUAGUUUUGUGUGUUGGUUGCUCCACUGUCCUCUGCCAGCCUACAAGAGGGAAAGCAAGGCUUACAGAAAGAUGUUCCUUCAGAAGGAAGCAGCACUAAAAGAACCGAGAACCAAGAUGAGUGGGAAA